GAAACCUUAGUAGGUCACCAGCAGCACCUAAAUUCAAAGGAGUACAAGUUUUCACAUACAAGGAGAUAGAAGUGGCCACAAAUGGAUUCAGUGAAGCACAUGUCAUUGGUAAUGGAGGGUUUGGUUUGAUGUACAGAGGAGUCCUAAGUGAUGGUACUUUGGCAGCAAUCAAGUUGCUACGCAGAGAAGGUCGAUCUCCUAAGUCGUUUGCACUCUCCUUACUUGGUGGAGUUACUUGGUUAUUGUGCAGACCAAAACCAUAGGCUACUCAUAUUUGAGUACCUACCCCAUGGCACACUCCAUCAACAUCUACACUCCCCUAAGAACCAAUCUCAGUCGUUGGAUUGGUGGGCCAGGAUGAGGAUAGCCCUUGAUUGUGCAAGGGCCCUGGAGUUCAUGCAUGAGCACCAUGCAGUCUCACCCGUGAUCCACAGAGACUUCAAGAGUAGCAAUGUGUUAUUAGAUCAAAAUUUCCGUGCUAAAGUGUCAGAUUUUGGGUUGGCAAAGAUGGGAUCAGAGAAGAUGAACGGUCAAGUUUCCACCCGUGUGUUGGGGACCACUGGAUAUCUGGCCCCAGAGUAUGCCUCCACAGGAAAGCUUACCACAAAAUCGGAUGUUUACAGCUAUGGUGUGGUUCUUCUUGAAUUGCUUACAGGGCGUAUACCAGUUGAUAUUAAGCGGGCCCCUGGAGAACAUGUCCUUGUCUCCUGGGCUCUUCCAAGAUUAACAAACAGAGAAAAAGUGGUGGAAAUGGUUGACCCGGAUCUAAGGGGGCAAUACUCAAAGAAGGAUUUAAUUCAGAUAGCCGCCAUUGCAGCAAUGUGCAUACAGCCAGAAGCAGAUUAUAGGCCACUCAUGACGGAUGUUGUACAAUCACUAAUACCACUUGCUAGGAACCCGGCUUCUCUUGGUUCAUCAAGUUCUUUAAGGUUUCAGAAACAAACACCAAGCCCAAGUCCAAGUCACUAAGUUGCAUUGUGGUUGUCUUUAUUGAACUGAGAAAGUGCUUGGACAGACAUAAGGGCCACGAAAACUCGAAUAUAUUACUCAGUGGGGUAUCAUCAAAUCAUUGAACUACGGAAUUCUUGUCACCCUUACUUUACUGCCUUCAAUGUAGAAAAGAUGAGGGGGGAAAUAAUACAAAACAGAAAGACGAUUCACAUCUUCCGGGCCAAUAAGGACAAACUUAUUUGCAUUUGGCCAUUGAUGCAAUUAGUUCUGGAUAUGAACAGAACAUUUCUUGUGUAAUAUGAUAAAAUUUAAAAGACUCACUUCAUGCACUCUAUUAGUGUAAGUUCCUAACAUGCUUCUA